AAAGUACCAGGAGAAUCAAGAAAAAACAGGCCAUAUCUCCAUAGAAAGCCUAUAAAGGACCCCAUAGAUAGAGAUAGAGCGAGAGGAGAAAGAGAUGAGGAGAGUCUUGGUGCUUUUACUGCUGUUUCUCUCUUCUCAAACUGAAGCUACAGUCCCUUUCACUGAGCUUAAGAGGCAACACUUCCCACCAGGAUUUAUAUUUGGCGCUGGUUCCUCUGCUUACCAGGUUGAAGGUGCAUUUGCAGAGGAUGGGAGAAAACCCAGUAUCUGGGACACUUUUGUGCAUACUGGGCGUAUGCCUGGUCAAGUCACAGGGGAUGUCGCCUCUGAUCAAUAUCACAAAUACAAGGAAGAUGUGAAGCUUAUGCAUGAGAUGGGUUUGGAUGCUUAUAGAUUUUCCAUAUCCUGGUCUCGGCUUAUUCCUGAUGGAAGAGGAAGCGUUAACCCCAAGGGUUUGGAGUAUUACAAUAAUCUCAUCAAUGAAUUGCUCAGCCAUGGAAUUGAAGCUCAUGUUACCCUAUUUCACUUUGAUCUACCCCAAUCCCUCGAGGAUGAGUACAAUGGAUGGUUGAGCCCAAAGAUAAUUGAAGAUUUCACUGCAUAUGCAGAGGUUUGUUUUAGAGAAUUUGGAGAUAGGGUGAGUUCCUGGAGCACCGUCAAUGAACCCAAUAUCUUACCGUUAAUGAGUUAUGAUGUUGGACUCUUUCCACCAUGUCGUUGUUCAUAUUCUUGGGUAGUCCAUUGUUCUGAGGGAAAUUCAUCAGUUGAACCAUACGUCGUUGCACAUAACUUCUUACUGGCACAUGCAGCAGUUGUUCGUCUAUAUCGAGAAAAAUACCAGGCUAAACAAAAGGGGAAAAUAGGAAUCACACUCCUAGCAUUUUGGCUUGUACCUCUUACGAACUCAUCGACAAAUAUCGAUGCUUCCAAACGCGUUAGAGAUUUUCACCUUGGUUGGUUUAUGGAUCCCCUAGCGAAAGGUGACUACCCUGUUACGAUGAAAAAGAUUGUGAAGGCCCGUCUACCAAAGUUUACAAAGACAGAGUCGAAGUUGUUAAAGGGUUCAUUUGAUUUCAUUGGACUUAACCACUAUUCUACAAUGGGUGUAGAAGAUUAUCGUUUUACAUUACGUACAAAAAGAUUGGACUACAUUACCGAUGUCUCCGCCAAAUUAAAAGUUUGGAGGAACAUUUUUGUAUCACCUACCGAGGAAGACGGUUCUUCAUUUGAAUAUCUUUCGCAGGGUUUGCCACGACUGUUGAAGUAUAUAAAGCAAUAUUACGGAAAUAUUGCAUUAAUGAUCCAUGAAAAUGGUCUGGGACUUGUUGACAGUCCUAGCACUCCACUUCUUAUGGAAGCUGCAGAUGAUGGUAUAAGAGUAAAGUACCUUGAACAAUACAUGGGAAGUUUACUCUCAUCUAUAAGGAAUGGGUCGAAUGUGAAGGGGUAUUUUGUGUGGUCAUUCUUGGAUACUUUUGAGUUUGGUUUUGGUUAUAUGGCUCGUUUUGGUCUCUAUAGUGUGGAUUUUGAAGACAAGCAUAGGAGGAGGUAUCCCACUCUCUCUUCCAAAUGGUACACCAAUUUCCUUGUUAAAAAUAAUCAACAAAGAGAGCUUGGGCAUUUGAUUCUCUCUCAUGGGCAAGACCUUCUCUUUUCUCUCAAGUCAAAGUUCCGAUAGAAACAUAAACUUUUACUCAUAUGUGAGGAACAAUAACAUUAUUGGGUCCUAAAUCUAUGAGCAGUAUUUCUUUUUAUUAUUAUUUUAUAAAAAACAGGUAGGGGCCUUCUCUCCCACUUAUUUGCGGAAAAAAAAAAAACCUUGUCACUGUAGUAGGAAUAUCUUGAUUUAAUGGAAUUGGAACGCUGGUGAUACUGGA